UUUCCACACCCUGUAGAUUUGUUUCAAUCCAGUCAAAUUGUAAUUUGUUUGUCUUUCUGUUUGAGUCAAUUUGAAAAGAUAAAGCUAUGAAUAAAUAAAAUUACAUAUUAAAAGUAUUAAAAUGGACGAUAUAAAAACAUCUAUCAGUCAGUACAAUGACCAACUUUCAAUGGUUAAUGAGGCACUAGCAGUGGUCCAAGAUGAUAACGAGAAGGAAUCCCUAUUAGCUUUGCAGUCUGAACUGAAAGAGCUCAUUCAUCUAACCCAGGAAAGUUUGGAUGCUUGGAUUGCCAAAGAAAGUACCUCAGAUUCUGGUGAAGCUGAGUCUAAGCCAGGUCCAGCAGUCAGUAAUGAUAACAACGAAGAACUAGAUGAUGAGUAUGCUUUGUUUAUGCAAGAAAUGGCUAAAAGUGGUGCAUAUGAAGGAAAUGAUCAAGAUCAGCCGGAAUGUUCAAAAUCUUCUCAAAAUGAUAAAAAUGACAAUGAAGAUGAUGAUGACAGUAAUAUAGAGGAUGAACUAGCCACAUUACAAGGCAUGAAGUGUGCUGUGUACCACACACAUAAAUGGGGUGGCCAGCCUACUCUCCACAAUGCCAUGGUCAGUGAAAUCAUUCCAAAGCAAGAUGAUGACCAAUUCACAGACCUUCAGGUGCGCGUCUUGUUCACACAUCCAACUCAUGCAGAAAUGCUACCCUGUCCAUUCUACCUUGAUGGCGAUUGUAGAUUUGAGGAUGAACAAUGUAGAUAUUCACAUGGGGCUGUAGUCCCUUUGUCUAAUUUAAAAGAUGCUAUUGAACCAAACUUCAAUUCAAUAAGAGUUGGGAGCAGUAUAUUAGUUAAAUUGAAACCCCCAGAUGGAGAGGACAUUAGUCUAACAAAGAAGACAUCAGAAAAAUACCGCUUAUGGCACAGAGCAAUAGUUAAAAAUGUUGAUAUUGAGAAAAGAUCAUGUAUUGCCAAACUUGAGCAUGGAGUAAAAUCUGGAGAAAAAAGGAAGUCUGGAUCUGAGGAAAUAUAUGUAAAAUUUGAGGAAAUAUUUCCACUGAAUGCUGAAGAUGAUGACAGUAGUGAUUCAGAUGACAGUUUAAGCGACACAGAGUAUCCAGAAAGCAAAACACUAAAAUCUCAAGAUGAAAGUGAGGGUCGAGCCCUCUUGAUUGAAAAGAGUCUCAUGAACAACGCUCCAGCUAUGGGCGAGUGGGAAAGACACACAAGAGGUAUCGGCUCGAAGCUGAUGCUAGCCAUGGGUUAUGUCCCGGGCACGGGUCUCGGCGCGGAGGGCGCGGGCCGGGUGCUGCCGGUUGAGGCGCGCGUGCUGCCCGUGGGAAAGAGCCUCGACCAGUGCAUGGCGAUAUCAGAGAAGAAUGCGGGACAGGACCCGUUGAAGGUGGAACAAAGACUCAAAAGGCUACAAAAAAAGGAAGAAGAAAGGAAUAAAAGAGCGUACGAACGUGAAAAGGAGAAGGAAAAAAGAAACGUUUUCAACUUCAUCAACAGAACAUUGGGCGACAAUGAGGAUCAGGAAUCUACUGCUGCUCCGUCGCCUAUGGAUAUAAAACAAUCGACAACCAAAGAUUUGAAUAUUGAACAAUUUAAACUUACAGAAGAUACUAAAAGAAUUGAGAAAGAUCUAAUGAAGCUGAACAGUUCUUUGUCUCGCCAAGCUCCCGGAUCGAAUAGCCAUAACAAUGUAAAAGCGCAAAUCGUUGAGAAAACAAAAGAAUUGAACAUUCUUCGAAAUAGAGAACAGCAGAUAAGUAGAGAGCAAAGACAUAGGAAGGAUAAGCAAAAAAUGACAGUUUUUUAACAUUAGUUAAGUACUUUUUAUUUAAUUAGGUUUUAUUGUGGAUUAAAAUCAGUAUGAUAAAGUUAA